CGCAUUAUCAAAAACUAUUUUCAGUGGUACGGAGGCGAUGUGUUGUGUCGUGUUUGCAAAUUUUUCUACACGUUCAGUUUUUAUUUGAAUUCAUUCGUUAUCGCCGGUAUCGCGAUCGAUCGAGCUUGUAGUGCUUAUAAAAUCAACUCAUUGAAAGCUUUCGAAAGUGCCAACCGUCGAGUGUUCCGCACGUUGGUGGCUGCCUAUGCGGGCGCUACCAUCUUCUCGAUUCCGCAAAUAUUCAUAUUUCGUGUCUUUCAACCGCUUGAAUUGGUCGAUUUCAGACAGUGUACGCCAGUUUGGACAACAAUCGCCUACGAGUACGAUCUACGCAUUCAACUGCCGACAACCACUGAGAGAGAAAAGAAUAUGCUAGCUGCACAUUAUAUGCAGGUUCAUCGAUGGGAAAAAGUUUAUAAUAUGGCGCAUCUGCUGGUGGUUUUUUGGAUACCAACAAUUAUAAUCGCAUUUGCUUAUGUGAUCAUCAUUUGCAAAUUGAAUUCUCUGAAACGCGAAAAGAGUAGGUUGAUCGUUCCUUGA